GGUGCCUAGAGCCUGGGCGGCACGGACGAGAGCAACAACGAAAGCAGGAUGGCGGACGUGCUGGAUCUUCAUGAGGCCGGGGGCGAGGACUUCGCCAUGGAUGAGGAUGGGGACGAGAGCAUCCACAAAUUGAAAGAAAAAGCAAAGAAACGGAAAGGCCGCGGUUUUGGUUCUGAAGAGGGGUCCCGAGCUCGGAUGCGUGAAGAUUAUGACAGCGUGGAGCAGGAUGGCGAUGAACCCGGACCACAACGCUCUGUUGAAGGCUGGAUUCUUUUUGUCACUGGAGUUCACGAGGAAGCCACUGAAGAAGAUAUCCAUGACAAAUUCGCAGAAUAUGGAGAAAUAAAAAAUAUCCACUUGAACCUGGACAGGCGUACAGGAUACCUGAAGGGGUAUACUCUAGUUGAGUACGAAACAUACAAGGAGGCCCAGGCUGCCAUGGAGGGACUCAAUGGCCAGGAUUUGAUGGGACAGCCCAUCAGUGUAGACUGGUGUUUUGUUCGGGGUCCACCCAAGAGCAAGAGGAGAGGUGGCCGAAGACGCAGCAGGAGUCCAGACCGGAGGCGGCGCUGACAGGUCCUCUGUUGUCCUCCUGUUCUCUGUCAAGAUUCCAUUUGACUGUGCAGCCUGGAGAAAUUGGGAUGGAACUUACUGUGUUUAUAUUUAAUUUCUUAGCCUUUGUCUGCCUUAUGUUUGAGUUGUGAAUAAAUGUCUUACUUUUAUUUUCUAUAUUUAAAAUUGUUUCUCUGCACCAACAUUGAAAGCUACAAAUUAGUUUUUACAGGAAGGCAGUAUCAGUCACUUGUGCAGGUACUCCUUGCAGGGACUGAGUUCCAUGUGAGUUUCUACAUUGGUCAUUGUUAGAUUGGAGACACUAAUUUUUUUUUUUCCUCCGGACAGCUAAAAGAUCAGGCAUAGCAGCGAGACGUGCUUAUAGUAUUAAACACUAUUUUUUCUGUUCCUAUAUAUUCUGUUCAGAGCAAAUGGAUAUUGUAGGAAUGUCUCUUUAGUUUUUCCUGCCACAUUUAUUUGUGCUUUCAUCUGUCUCAGGAGCAUUCUGCCAGACCCUCCCUCCUUGAGGACUCUGUGCCUUCUUCAGCAGCCAAGUAUGAAGGCCCCAUAGAGUAGAAGAUCCAGAGGAGUAUUGAGGAGGCCAAAGAGGAAAAGGAUGUGGCUGAGGCUGGGGGGAACUUCAGGUAGCAUGGUGGGGGAGAACCAGUACCACUGACCCAGCAGGUAAUAAGGCAUCCAGCAGAGGAAGAAGGUCAGCAAAACAAGGAAGGCAAGUUGUGGGGCCUCCAGGUGGACACGAGGGUGACUAAGAAGCCGUGGAGUGCAAAUCCACUGGCAUCUUCUGAACUGAAUAUAGGAUGAAUUGAUGGAGGAGCAGAGACAGUGAGAUGGAUCUCUCUCUUUCCACCAUUGGAAAUAAAUGCUGCAAACUCCACUCCCCUUCCCAACCUAGGACUCUCUUACCCUCUCCACAUAUGGAUUAUGACUGACAUGGUUGGAGAAAGGGUUUUCAUCGAGGUGCUGUAUUGUAUAUGAAGCCCUUAACGUUUAUCUCCAGACUUUACAGUGUCAAAGAGUAAAGUAAAAUACAGAUCACCCUCCUCCUGAAUCCUUGCCCAGCUAAUUUGACUUCAGAGGACUAGAGACUGCUUAGAUCAAAUGCAUUCAGUGAAAUGAUCAGCAUCAGAUGGUGGAGAUGAGGUGAGGUCUCACUUUGGAUUAGUCACUGAUUGCCAGGUGUCAGGGAGAGAGCUAGGUAAUCAGGCUAGAGGCAACAGCUUUGGGUGUGAGGAUUAGGGCCUGGGAUUAGAAUCUCAUCAUGGUCCCCUUUCCUUGUCUGGAACUUCAACAUACUGAUGACUAUGUGGCUAUAGCAGAUGGCCAUGGCAGUCAAUGGGUGUUGAAAGCAGCAGCAGAAGGUGAAGAGGUUAUAGGCGGUCACUUGCCAUCAAGCCUUUAAACUACCUUUGGUGACACACUGGGGGAAAGGGAAUAGGCCAACUUGGCAGAUGGUAUUGAGUAAGAACAGUUAGAGUGGAGUCCUCAGAUAAAUAGAAAUGAUUCCCCACUGCCACCCUCUUAAACAGUUGUUAUUGGCCCCCAACUUACGGUGACCCCAUGCACAACAGAAGGAAAUAUUGCCUAGUCUUGAGCCAUCCCUGUGCAUCAGUGUGAUUCAGACCUUUGUGAUCAAUAGGGUUUUUACUGGCUGAUUUUCAGUAGAUCAGCAGGCUUUCUUCCUAGUCUUAGUCUGGAAGCUCCAUAGAAACUUUAGAUCAUAGCCACACAUACACCUUCACUCAUUGACUAUUGGUGGCUAUAUGUGAUCUCCCAAUUCAUCCGUAAUCCCAUAUGAGUAGUCCUACCGUUGUCAGUUGCUGUUAUUCAUCUCUGACUCAUAGUGGCUUUAUGUGUAACGGAAACAUUGCCUGGUCCUAUACCUUCCUCGUGAUUGUUGCUAUGUUUGAGCCCUUUGUUGCAGCCACUGUGUCAGCCCACCUCAUUAAGGGUCUGCCUUUUUUGGGUGACCUUCUACCAAGUGUGAUGUCCUUCUCCAGCAGUCCGUCCCUCCUGCUGACAUGUCCAUAGUAAGUCAAACAAAGUUUCACCCUCCUUGCUUCUAAGGAACAUUUUGUCUCUACUUCCUCCAAGACUGGUUUGUCCAUUCUUCUGGCAGCCCAUAGUAUUGUCAGUAUCCUCCACCAACACAACUUCCAUAUGUCUAUUCUUUGGUCUUCCUUUUCCAUCAUCCAGUUUUCCCAUGCAUAUGAGAUGAUUGAAACUACUAUUCUUGUGUCAGUGAGCUGUGCGAUGCUGAGCAAUGGUUCAUCCUUAGUGCCCUUUUUAAAGGUUAGAAUUGUAUCUUGAAAAUCCAUCUCUUCCACUUAAUCUUGAAUAUGGAGCUGUCUAUUAAGUUUGUUAAAUCCUGAAACUCGAAUCCAACUUUUCAAAUACUGUUCUAACACCGUACUUUAUGUAAAAGAAUGCUAUCUUCACCACCUCACCAACACUUCUAGCUGAAAUGAUUUUCCUGGCAUGGCUGUGAUGAAUUCUAUGGAAAAAGAAACCUUGUAUAAAAUAGGUGGCCCUUAGAUUUCAGACCAUUUUGCAGCCACUUUGUGAAGUAUCCUUUAGUAAUAGUCUUUUGUUUAGUAACUGUAAUAGUGAAACAAUGUUAAAUAAACGUUCACAUUUUCCAAA